GUGAGAUCACUGAUGAUGUCACCACCACUGUGUGUUGUGUGGUUGUUUUUGACUCCUCCCCUCUCAGACGCACCACCGAUAGAGCGAGAGGAUCUAUUCGUGCAGAAGCUGCGUCAGUGCUGCGUGCUCUUCGACUUCAUCAGCGACCCCCUCAGCGACCUCAAGUAUAAGGAGGUGAAAAGGGCGGGGCUUAAUGAGAUGGUGGAGUACAUCACGCACAACAGUGAAGUGGUGACUGAGUGCAUCUACCCCGAGGCCGUCAUCAUGUUUUCAGUCAACGUGUUCCGGACUCUUCCUCCGUCCUCCAACCCGACCGGAGCCGAGUUUGACCCUGAGGAGGACGAGCCCACGUUGGAGGCGGCGUGGCCUCACUUGCAGGUACUUCCUGUCUGUUAAAAGAUGCAGUGUUUGUGGCAUUUGUGAGCUAAUGCUAAAAACUAGAACCAUCAGCAGACACUUAGAAACCUCAGAAAACGAGAGCCAGGCAUCACAUGGAACCACAGAAGAAGAGAAGGAGAGGGAACCAUAGACACAUGAGCUUGGUAAACAUUACUUCCUCUCUGGACGCAGGAAGCAGUGAGCAGACCAUAAACACAGUCAGUGACACUGCACAGUGUUCCAGCUCAGACCCAGACACAUACUCAACAACAUAGCUGUGCAGAGAGGACCUCUACACUGGAGACACCAGACAGUUCAUAAACACGGUCACUCUGAGGACACCAAUGUCCACAUGU